GUUUCUCCUGCGACAUUUAGUCACUGUGGCUUUAAGAGACGCAUCGGUGUUGAAUCCAGGUACCUGCACACAUCGGCGCCCGACCGAGGAAAUGGAUUUCAUGGAAAACUGCAGCAAGUCCUUUGGCUGAAGGCUGGCAGCAGCGGUUUCAAACCCUGGCCGCAGAGACACCUUGCAUGGCGUUCUCCGUCUCAUUAGUCAGCUUCUCCCUAAUAUAGUCAAUGGUCAUUGUGCCUCCAUCACCUCUACCUUGGCCUUUAGUAAACACAAAUAACAAACACAUUAUUUUAACAUCCAUCCAUCCAUUCAUCCAAAAGCCUAUCCUGGACGAUGUGGUAGGGGAUCCCGGAGCCCAGGAUGAACAAGGCACAAUGCAGGGCUGCACCCAGGAUGGGAUGCCAGAAUUACUCAGCUUUUGCAAUUUAAAGAUGCCAGUUUACGUAACUGUAUGACCUUGGACUAUGGGAGGGAAACAGAGCAGAUACAUCUAAUUUUUUUAAGUAUAGGCCUAAAAAUAGCACUGAGUUCUUAACGUAUUAGUAUUUUUUCCAGAAAAACACGUUUUGCAACAUGGAGUUUACCUAUAGCACAUGCACACAAAUAAAUAGAAAACAAAUACGUCCAGUCCAGAAAUUCAUUUAAAUUAUAAUUGAUUCUAAAUGACAAUUUCGAAGAGAAAUGAAAUUAUAUGUAGAGAUGGAUAAAAGAUAAAUAAACUUGGUUCUCGUGUUUGUCUUUGGUUUGAAAUACAGGUAUAACAAUAUAGCUGCGAGUAGGAGUUAAACAUUGACUUUAAAGACAUUUUUAAUUCAAUGUUAACAUAUAAUUCGGCAUCCGAAGAUGUUAACUCGUAAAGCAAGAUUAUUGGACCUUAAUAGUACUGACCGGUCACAUGGGCAGGUUUAUGCGGUUUGACAGCAACCCGCAGGCUGUCAUUUCUGAAAACGCGGAAGUUUCCACCCAGAAAGCUUUGGCGCCGCUGGAUCUACGCUGGAGUCACUGUCACUCCCUGUGCGAACCGUGGCUGCGGCUGAGGGAGAGGGAUGGCCACCUUACCAGCGAACGACAGGAGAGCCUUUGCCCUCAAAAUCAACAGACACUCCUCGGCAGAGGUCAGGAGGAACUUCAGCGGCACCCAUGGCCCUUUCUACAGCCCCCUGCAGCACCAGCGGCACAGCUCCAAUACCUCCGGAUCCUUCUUCCAGAUACCUCAGUCUUACGACGCAUUGGAGCCCCUUGACCUGGAGGAGGUCCUGAUGACACAGCUGAACAGCGGAGACGCUGAACUCAUGCAGGAGCUCGGCGACUUCCCCGAUGACAACCUGGAGGUGGAGCUGGUGGAGAGGGAGUGCCGGACGGUUCGGCACUCGGUGCCGGAGCAGGAGGUGGAGCUUGACCCUCACGUGCGAGACUGCGUCCAGAGUUACACACAGCCAUGGCUGGUGGUCAGGAGGAGGUGCCAGGGGGAUGGAUGGAGUGGCUGGAGCGUGUAUUCGGAUAGGUCAGGCCUGCAGAAGGUCCUUCUGAAGCAGACCUUUGAGAGUGAUGUCGUGCCAGACAAACAAGAACAUCAGGUAAAGUCGCCCCCCCCGGCAGUCAUCAGCGAUGACUCAGGCCGGACGCUGACAUCCUCGGACUUUGACCUGCGCGUGCUGCAGCCUGACGUGCGAGUUGAAGGCCUGCUGUGCUUCAGUAACCCCGAUGACCUGGACCGCCACAACCAGGAGGCCCGCCAGGCCAACCGGCACCCCGAACUCUUUGCCCUGUACCCCCCCGCUGACGAGGAAGAUGCUGUGGAGAUACGGCCGAUUCCUGACUGUCCCAAGGAGCACAGCGGCCGUAGGAUCCUCAUACGCUGUCAGGCUAUCAAGUUUGAGAUAGACAUAGAACCUAUGUUUGCAACAAUGGCCCUGUAUGAUCUGAAAGAGAAGAAAAAGAUCUCCGAGAACUUCUACUGUGACCUGAACUCAGACCAGAUGAAAGUGUCCCUGAAAUCCCACAUUCCCCACACGGACGUCUCUACUCUGGCCAAGUCUGCAAUCUUCUCCAUCACCAACACAUCCCAAGACAUCUACCUGGUCAUCAAGAUUGAGAAAGUACUGCAGCAGGGGGAGAUCAGCGAUUGUGCAGAACCCUACAUGGUGAUGAGAGAGAGUGACACGACAAAGAACAAGGAUAAACUGGAUAAGCUGCGGAGCCAGGCAGAAGUGUUCUGCUCGAGACUGGGUCGGUACCGGAUGCCCUUCGCCUGGGCCAUGGUCAACAUCAUGAGCGUCAUCAAUACGGCGACCCUGGAACGAGACAUGCCCGACUCGGAAGCUCUGAAUGGUAAAAGCAACAUGGAGAAGAAGGGAAACCUGCCCAGGAGGAACUCAGAGCGCUUCAAUUCCAUAGAGGACCAGUACAACCUGACGGCCUUCAAGCCCGCCACCAUCACCAUCAGCACUUUCUGCAAGCAGGAAGGAGAUAGACUGAGCGAUGAAGACCUGUUCAAGUUUCUGGCCGACAUUAAGAGAUCUUCCACUCUGCAAAGAAGAAUAAAGACGAUCACAGGCACCAUUCGCCUGGAUGUGUGUCCAGCUCCGGAGACCUUGGCAGGCUGUCUGUCUCCUGAGCUGAUUCCAGUGAAACCAGUAACAGAAAAGAACCAACGCCCUUUAAAAGAGGUUCUAGAAUUCCCAUCCAAAGAGGUUUUUGUACCACAUAACAUUUACAGGAACCUGCUGUAUGUUUAUCCUCAGAGACUGAACUUUGUAAACAGGCUGGCGUCAGCAAGGAACAUCACCAUCAAGAUCCAGUUUAUGAGUGGGGAAGAACAGGAGUCUUGUCUGCCAGUAAUUUUUGGGAAAUCCAGUGGACCUGAAUUUGUACAGGAGGUGUACACACCAAUCACUUACCAUAACAAGUCGCCGGAUUUUUACGAGGAGGUGAAGAUCCAGCUUCCGGCCAGAGUGACAGAGCGUUACCACCUGCUGUUUACCUUCUACCACAUCAGCUGCCAGCAGAAGCAGAAUCAGGGAGGGGCCAACGAGACUCUCAUUGGCUACUCGUGGCUUCCAAUAAUAAACAACGACCGCCUCCAGACGGGACAGUACUGCCUUCCUGUGGCCCUGGAUCGACUUCCUGUUAAUUACUCAUUACACUCCCCCGAGAAAAUACCUAAUCAGGUUCCCCCGGUGAGGUGGAUGGAAAAUCACAAGGGCGUCUUUAACCUGGAGGUCCAAGCUGUAUCUUCUAUACACACGCAGGAUAACCACUUGGAGCGCUUUUUCACUCUUUGCCAUGCUCUGGAGGGCAGAGCGUCAUUCCCCAUCCGCGUGCGGGAUGAGAAGAUCCCAGAGAACAAGCUGGAGCACGAGCUGAAGCUGAGCAUCAUCUCUCUGUCUUCGUCCGGCCUGGAGCCGCUCGUGCUCUUCCUCCAUCAAGUCUUGGACAAGCUCUUCAGACUCAUUCUCCAGCCGAUGGUCAUCGCAGGGCAGACAGCUAACCUGGCCCAGAUUGCCUUUGAAUCUGUGGUAUCCAUCGUCAACAGCCUCCACAACAGCCAAGAGCUGGCCAAGGACCAGCAAGGAAGGAACUGUCUCCUAGCAACCUACCUGUAUUUCGUCUUCCGACUGCCAUACACUCAUCGUGAAAUCGUGACCACCGGCACCGGCGGGCACCAGCUGCACCCCGAGGGCCGUUAUAACACCAUGGGCCGUUCCUCGGCCACCUCCGUGGGCUCCAAGCUGUUGCAGUCGCGUGUCCUGAGCAGCAGCAACCCGGACAUCCACGAUAUCCAGGCCACUGCCGACGCUGAGGUCAAGGGCAUCAUGGGUUCCAAGGGUUUAAAUCAUGUGGGCAAUCGCAUGUCCACAUUCGUGGACGUAAACAACUACUUCCAGGCCGCAGGGGCCAUGAGGCCGGGAAAUAAAAAGCAGUUCCACGAGGAGGUGGCCCUGCAGAUGGUGGUUAGCACCGGAGUUUGCCGGGAGAAUGCCUACAAGUAUGCCUGGUUCUUCUUCGAGCUCCUGGUGAAGAGCAUGGCUCAGCACGUCUCCCAGCUGGAGAAGCAAAGCAUCCCCAGAAGGAGCCGCUUUUCUGAUCGGUUCAAAGAUGACAUCACCACCAUUGUGAGCGUGGUGACCGCGGAGAUCGGAACCAUUCUGGUGAAACAGCAGAAGGAGCUGGAACAAGCAGAAAAAGUCAACAUCAGCCUGGCCUUUUUCCUGUAUGACCUCCUGUCGCUCAUGGACCGGGGCUUUGUGUUCCAGCUUGUGAAGAAUUAUUGCAACCAGAUGUCGGCGAAGAGCACGUCCCUGCCCACCAUGAUCACCAUGCGGCUGGAGUUCCUGCGCGUCCUGUGCAGCCAUGAACACUACCUGAAUCUCAGCCUUUUCUUCCUGCACCCAACCUCUGCCCCCGCCUCCCCCUGCCCAUCCAUCUCUUCGCAGAACUCUGGUUCGGGCUGCAGCUUCCAGGAGAACAAGGUGGCGAGUAUGUUUGACCUCUCACAAGACUUUAAGCAGCAGCACUACCUCACCGGCCUGCUGCUGACGGAGCUCAACGCUGCCCUGGACAUGGAGUCUGAGGGGAUAUUCAUCAAGGCGGGUAAGGUGCAGAGGAAGGCCAUCAAUGCCAUCUAUAGCCUGCUAUGCGCUCACGACCUGGACUUGCGAUGCAGCCGCCCUGAGGUCCGGUCAAAGAUCGCGGCUCUCUAUCUGCCCCUUGUGGGCAUUAUCAUCGAUUCCCUUAGUCACCUCGACUUCACAGUGGCGGACUCCCGCGGCGGUAAAGGGAAGUCAGGGGGCCCAGAGGACGAGGCCGACAGCGUCACCCCAAUCAAUCAGUCAGUUGCCAUGGCGAUUGCAGGCAACCCCUUCAGCACCCUGGGGAGAAACUCUUUAAGUUCUAUUAUGUCUGGGUCUUCGAAGGCCAGCGGCACCCUGACGGCAGAGACCAGUCGCAACCUGCUCGUCUGCUUCCUCUGGGUCAUGAAGAACGCCGAGCAGAGCCUGAUCCAGAAGUGGACCGUGGACAUGCCGUCUUCCCAGCUUGGUCGGCUGCUGGAGCUGCUCACCAUCUGCAUCUCCUGCUUCGAGUACCGCGGCAAGCAGAGCUCCGACAAAGUCAGCACCCAGGCUCUCCAGAAGUCGCAGCAAGCCAAGGCCCGCCUGGAGGAGGCGCUGUUGGGUGGCAUGGGCGCCCGGGGAGAGAUGAUGAAGCGCGUGGGAGGUACUGACCGCACCAUAGGCCAGAGGGAGAACCUCCGCUGGAGAAAAGACCUGACACAGUGGCGUCAGACCAACGACAGGCAGGACAAAACGAAGGCAGAGUUGGACCAGGAGGCCCUCAUCAGCGGCAAUCUGGCCACCGAGGCCAACCUCAUCAUCCUGGACAUGCUGGAGACCAUCAUCCAGGGCGUGCCCGUGGUGGACUCCAAGGACGGUGUGCUAGGCGGGGUGCUCCGAGUGCUGCUCCACUGCCUCACCUGCAACCAGAGCACCACCUUCCUGUCGCACUGCUUCGGCACGCUACGCUCCCUCGUGGUGAAGUACGGCGACCUGCUGUUCGAGGAGGAGGCGGAGCAAUGCGCUGACCUGUGCCAGAAGAUGCUGCAGUACUGCAGCAGCUGCGUGGACAGCAACCGCAGUCAGGCCUGCGCCACCCUGUACCUCAUCAUGCGAUACAGCUACAGCUCGGCCAGCAAUUUCUCACGGGUGAAGAUGCAGGUGACCAUGUCCCUGGCCUCCCUGGUGGGAAAGUCCUCGGACUUCCACGAGGAGUACCUGCGGCGUUCCCUGCGGACCAUCCUGUCCUAUGCGGAGGAGGACACGGAGAUGCAGGCCACGCAGUUCCCCUCGCAGGUUGACGAACUGCUCAGGAACCUCAACAGCAUCCUGUCCGACACGGUGAAGAUGAGGGAGUUCCAGGAAGAUCCUGAGAUGCUGAUGGAUCUUAUGUACAGGAUCGCUAAGGGCUACCAGACGUCACCUGACCUGCGGCUGACGUGGCUACAGAACAUGGCGGAAAAGCACAAGACCCGGAAGUGCUUCACGGAGGCGGCUAUGUGCCUGGUGCACGCCGCCGCCCUGGUGGCUGAGUACCUCAGCAUGCUGGAGGACCACAAGUACCUGCCGGUGGGCAGUGUCACUUUCCAGAACGUCUCCUCCAACGUGCUGGAGGAGUCGGCGGUGUCGGAUGACAUCCUCUCCCCCGACGAGGACGGCGUGUGCUCGGCGAGGUAUUUCACAGAGAACGGCCUGGUGGGGCUGCUGGAGCUGGCAGCCGAACUCUUCAGCAACGGCGGUCUGUACGAGAUCGUCAAUGAGGUCUACAAAAUCAUUCUGCCCAUCCUGGAGGCCCACAGGGAUUUCCGCAAGCUGGCCUCGACGCACGAGAAGCUGCAGAAGGCCUUCGAGAACAUCAAUCAGAAGGGCCACAAAAGGAUGUUCGGAACAUACUUCCGCGUCGGCUUUUACGGGGCCAAGUUCGGGGACCUGGAUGAACGGGAGUUUAUUUACAAGGAACCUGGGAUCACUCAUCUUCCAGAAAUCUCCCACAGGCUGGAGUCUUUCUACAGUCAGUGCUUCGGAGGAGAUGCUCUGGAGAUAAUUAAGGACUCUAUACCAGUGGACAAGAACAAGCUAAAUCCAAACAAGGCCUACAUCCAGAUCACCUUUGUGGAGCCCUACUUCGACGACUAUGAGCUGAAGGACCGGCUGACGAACUUCGAGAAGAAUUUCAACCUGCGGCGAUUCAUGUACACCACGCCAUUCACCAAGAGCGGCCGGCCGCGGGGCGAGCUCAACGAGCAGUACAAGAGGAAGACCAUCCUCACUACCAUGCACGCCUUUCCCUACAUCAAGACCCGCCUCAACGUCAUCCAGAAGGAGGAGUUUGACCUGACGCCUAUUGAGGUGGCCAUCGAAGACAUGCAGAAGAAGACACGUGAGCUGGCUGUGGCCACCCAUCGGGAACAGCCUGAUGCCAAGAUGCUUCAGAUGGUGCUGCAAGGCUCCGUUGGCGCUACUGUCAAUCAGGGACCCUUGGAGGUGGCCCAGGUCUUCCUGAACGAGAUCCCGGAGGACCCCAAGCUCUUCCGUCACCACAACAAGCUGCGGUUGUGCUUCAAAGAGUUCAUCCUGCGGUGUGGGGAGGCGGUGGAGAAGAACAAGCAUCUUAUCACACCGGACCAGAAGGAGUACCAGCAGGAGCUGAAGAAGAACUACAACAGGCUGAGGGAGAGUCUGCGGCCCAUGCUGGAGAGGAAGAUCCCAGACCUGUACAAAUCCAUCGUCAAGCCACGGACAGAAAACAGAGAUUCUUUCAAGCGACAAAGCUUUCGAAAGACAGUAGAGGAGAACUCAUGAGACCCAGGGUUACCUCCCUCACGUAAAACCCCCCUACAAUGACCGGAUGGGCUCAUUAAGACAAGAGAGUGAGGGGAGAGGUGAAGACGGGAGAGAAAUGUCAAACAGCCAGAAAACCGCCUGAAACAGACCCCCGUCUAACGGUUUCACAUUGAAAAGUUCAACCUUCAUCAUGGGUCUCUGCCGGAAACUGGCUAAAGAGGAAAUCAGGAUAAUGCCAAUAAAUGUUUUACAAAAGAAUCUGGUUACUGUAACAGAGGUGCACAAACACGUAGUACAGUGUUGGUUAAGCCUAACUUAUAUUACAAAAAAAAAACUAAAAAGUAAACAUACAUUUUAAAUUAUAGUGAAAGCAGCAUCUUUCAUUUAUUUUAAUAUAUGAUAAUUUACCACUGAAACAGUAUAAGUUCUGUAUAUACUGUUUGGAACAGAGGUAUCCUAGAACAAUCUUGUUACAAGAAUGCUGGUUUCUAAUCAUCAGGAACACACAUCUGAGAAAAAAGUUCUUCAUAAACAGUCCAUAUGAACUCUAGAACUAAGAUCAGAAACAUCAGUAAUAGUCAGAGUGAAUGAGCUGUGUGUAAACAUGGAAUCUUGUUUUGUUUGUUUGCCUUUAAGGCUCUCAUGCAAAAAGCAUAAUGCAGCUUACAAUCAGUUUGACUUUCAUUGUAGGUGGCAACAGUAGUCUGUGCCACUGGGAUUUGAAAUGCAUUACCCUGGAAAAAUAGGGGAUAUUAAUAAGACCACUUGGAUAAUCGCAGUCACAUGCAAUUAGCUAUACUGAUCUGUAAGGUAAUACUAUUUAUUUUGGGCACGAACAUAUAUUUUCUAGAAGAAAACCACGGUACGGUGACCAUGAAUCUUAAAAAAACUUAGGCUUCAUAUUUAAGAAAAUUGCAGCUAGUGCUACUGAAAACAAGAAGUGGCUUCAUGCUUCGUUGGUUAAAAGUAAUGUGACACAAUAGAAUAUAGUAUAUGGUGUAUGUGAUUGUUGGUGCUAGAGAGAUUAUCCUUAACCAUACAAUCGAAUGUGAGGUAUGACUGAAACAAUUAAAAGCAAUACAGAUACAAGACAUAUCAAUGUACUAAAUUAUUUUAUGAGUGUAUAUAGAGGAAUCUCCAUCAUAUAAGCAAUUUUUGUAUGUUUUAUUUUGACAGAAAUUUUACUGUAUUUUUUAUUGUAAAAUUAGGUCUAAACUUGGUUCAGUUAAGAUAUUUUAAAGCUCAAAGUGGCAUUGUUAUAUGGAAAGGGAAUUUUAUUUUAAUAGAAAGCAUAAAAAUAGCAAUUGUAAGUUAGUCAGGAAAAAAAGUAUUUUUAUUCCAGUUUAUAAAUAAUCAUAUUGUCUGUUACAAGAAACUUUGCUGCUUUAUAAGACAAAACCUGUGGUAUUAUUAACAGAAAAAUUAAGCACUGGAAACUGUUUUGGCAAUGUUUUAUGUAUUUUAGAAUACUGUGAUGUUUUACAUGCGCUGUAAAUGGGCUCAGUGUAAUUGUAAUAUGAUGCACUCGAUAGAUGUUUUUUUCCCAAAUAAAAACAUGUUAUGUACA